AGGCGCUGCGGGGCGUAGCGCGGCCGUGGGGCUGCGGGAGGGCCCCAUGGAGGCGGCGGGGCCGGCGGCGUGAGCUUCGCCAUGGCCGCGCAGUCCAGCUUGUACAAUGAGGACAGAAACUUGCUGCGUAUACAGGAGAGACAGAGGCGGAAUCAGGAGGCUCUGCAGGAGCAAGACAAGUUCCCUGAGAACACCCCACUCUUUCCUGAGCCGUACAAGACUAAUAAAGAAGAUGAGUUGUCAAGCCGUAUUCAGAAUAUGCUGGGCAAUUAUGAUGACUUGCAGGACCUUAUUAAUGACAGGUGCCAUCAGAAUCUCAUAGGGAUACCAGAGUGCGACGUUCCUCAGAUCCCACAGAGAAAGCCCAAUCGCCCAUCCUUCCCUGAAAAGACCAGCCGUACAUUAUCAUCUUCAUUCCACCAUGCAAGCCACUAUCCACACAUGGGACCUCCGGUCAUUGCUCCUCCCCGCCCAGGCCACUACGCUCCCCACCAAAAGGCACAACCAGGAACAGGACCAGCUCCAGGCUGGCAUGCCAAGAGUCACAGCUCGUCCAGCAGCUGGAGCCAAGGUCAGGAACACAAGCGUGGCAGGCUGGACAGUCAUGCCAGUUCUCACCACAACAGAACUGACAGGCAUUCUGGUGGUGGAGGUCGUGCUUCUGAACCUCAGGCCACUCUUUUGGAGCUUUCCCCGUUGCUGCCAUCUUUGUCUUCUCCAGUGGCACCCCUGUCACCUCUACAUUCCAUCCAGCACACUAAUUCCAAGUCACAGAACAGCAGCAAAGGUCAUGGGCCAGCCUACACUCAAUCACCUCAGGGCCGAGCGGUGGGCUCACGGGAGAAUAAAAGUCAGGACAACUCAGCCGUUAUCUUGGCUGGCACCACUCAGCCUUCCUCUCAACCCUUUCCCCCACCUUUGCCAUCAAAAACCAGUGCAAUGCAGCAGAAACCAACUGCCUAUGUCAGACCAAUGGAUGGCCAAGAGCAGGCUCCGGUGGAGUCACCUGAUCUCAAGCCUCUGCUGGAGGAAUACCACGGUGAACCAUAUGAAAACAUCUCAGAUUUGAAGGCAAACACCAAGGUCAAGUUAUCCAAAUUGAACAUCUCUUCUGAGCCCAUUGAGCAAACUUUGCCCAGUGAUAGCCAGUGCGUUGAAGAAAUUUUGAAGGAAAUGACACACUCAUGGCCACCUCUCUUGACAGCUAUUCACACGCCAAGUGCUGCGGAGCCCUCCAAAUUCCCCUUUCCAACAAAGGAAUCGCAGCAUAUCACAUCUGUAGCACAGAAUCACAAGCAGUAUGACGCACCUUCCAAAACGUUGCCUAGUUCUCAUCCAACAAUAUCAGUGCUCCAGGAGGACCUGCAGCUCAGUGAUAGUGAAGAGAGUGGUGACGACCAAGUUGUUGAACAGCCACCUUCUUCACUUGAUCCUCCAAGUGCCCUGCAGUCCCAGCCCGAGAGCGUGGCAUCAGCACAUUCCAACAGCACAGAGUCAGGGAGCAGCAGUGACUCAGACAGCUCUUCAGACUCUUCAGAGACAGAGAGCAGCUCAAGUGACAGUGAAGCCAACGACCCUCCAAAGGUGUCAGCUCCUGAGCCUGACCCACCAACUUCCAAUAAGUGGCAGCUUGACAACUGGCUCACCAAAGUGAACCCACCAGCAGUGCCAACAGAAAGUCCCAGUGACACUGCCCACACAGAUGACCACGAGGAGGAAAAGGAGCAGCCUGUCAGCAACGGUUCCUCCUGUGAGCGUGCUGCACCAAAGGAACCUCAUGACAGGAGCUUCAUCCGAGCAGCCCAGGCUCCUCAGGAUGCUCAUCUUCCAACCAAACUUGGUUGCCAGAAGUCUCCUGUGCGUACUGAGGAGCCCUCACAGAGACAGACUGUGGGGAUCAAAAGGCCCAGCAAGCCCCCAGUGCACGAGGAGCCCAAGGGAGGCCUGAAGGUGGAGAGCGAGCCUGCUCCUUAUGAGAUCGGAGAGCAGUCUUCCAGAGACAAGCCAAAACCCAAAACAAAAAGCAGACCCAAAUCCUGUGACCAAAAAGAACUGAAACCCCGGCUGCAGGAGGCUCCUAAAGAGAAGAAGCACAAGAGCUCCCACCAUGCCGAUGCCAAAGCCCUGCUGGACCACAGACCCAUGAGAGAUGUCCUGGUAGGCAGUGCCCAGGAGCAUCCCACUCUCAAACACCUCGCUGAGGGCCAGGGCGCAGCUCCCACCAGGACUAGUGGCCACAGGUCUGCUGCUGAGGUCAAGGAGGGUUUUCACAAGGGGAAGCUUCCUGUGCCCACCAAGGAGAAGAAGUUGCUGCCACCGGUGAGGGACGUGCCUGGCAAUCCCAGCCUGCUGGUUAGAAUUGAUCUCCCACUCCUGUCAAGAAUUCCCCAGCCUCCUGAGAAGGGGAACCAAAAGAAGAGAACAGAGGUGAAGGAGCACACUGGCAGCAAGGGGCAGGACUUGGAGAAGAAAAGUGCAGACACUCCUGACAGGUCCUUCAAAAAGAGGAAGAGAGAAAAGGAGAAGGACAUCGAUAGGAAGAAAAGGAAGUUGGACAAAGAAGCAAAAUCACUGCAGUCUUCACCUAACAAAGACUCCUGUAAAUUGAAAGCAUGGAACACUUCGUCUGAGACCCAGAACAAAGAUCUCAGGCAACCCCUGCCACUGCUGCCUGCGUCUCCUCUGCAUCCUGCACAAAAGCCAACCAAGAAGGCCCAUAAAAGACCCAGGAGUGAGAACAGCCAGCCGCCUGCCACUGCCAGCAGCACUGCCCUGGACACAGGCAACCACAAAGAUCCUUCUUCCUCCAAGCAGAAGAAGAUGGUGGAAAACCACUCUGAGCAGGUGAAGGGUAACAAAGGAUCUGCAGGGGAUGUUACAAAUUCUUUACCAGUGCCUUCUGUGCCAAAUGGUACCUCCAAACCGAGGAGACCUCAAAUCAAGUUUGAAAGACAGCAUUUGACAGAAUAUUACCUGGAAGAGGCCAAGAAGAUGAAGCAUGAGGCUGAUGCCAUGAUGGACAAGACUGGAAAGGCCUUUCAGUACCUUGAUGCUGCCCUUUCCUUUGUUGAAUACGGGAUGGCCCUGGAAUCGAAUGCAGAAGCACCAAAACCUGCUUACAGCAUCUUUGCUGACACAAUAGAUCUCCUCAAAUACGUAAUGACACUAAAACCCUUUACGGAUGUCUCGGCAUCUUCACAUGAACAUGUCUUUGCUGUGCUAUGCAUGCGCUGCCAGUCCCUCCUGCACAUGGCAAUGUUUCGUUACAAAAGAGACACUGCAAUAAAGUAUUCCAGGAUCCUGAACGACCACUUCAAGAGUUCUUCCAGAAUAACACAGGCACCUUCUCCGUGUGUUGCAAGAAGCACAGGCAUGCCUUCUCCUCAUUCUCCAGUGCCCUCUCCUGCCAGAUCAGUGAGUUCUCAGCAGGGAUCAAAUGGUAGCAAUUGCGGUUGCAACGGCGUUGGCUCUUCAGUCACCAUCCCAAGCAUCACCUCUUCAUAUGUCAACAUCACUUCCUAUGUCCUCUAUGCGUAUAAUAUUUGGGAACAUGCUGAUGCACUGUCCAAGAAUAAUAAGGAGUUUUUUGCUGAACUCAGCACAGCGGUGUGCCCUCUGGCACUGACCAGUAGCAUGACCGAAAUGGUACACUACACUAGACAGGGUUUACAUUGGCUGAGACUGAACUCAAGUACGCCUUAACUGGUGCUCGUGGUGGCUAAGUACCUUGAACUCUUUUGCACUUUGGAAGCUUCAGAAAUACUCUGGCUUGCUGAAUUAUUGGAUACAAAGCACCUGCAAGGGAAAUGAAUAAAGGUGAAGUUAUCUGGUUACACUGGAAAAAAAUGAACUUUAAUUUUAGGGUAGCAUUUUGUUGCCUUGGAAAAGAAGAGACAGAGGAGGGCCUCAGCAUUGAUGGCACCUUCGUUUAAAAUGGUGAAGUGCAAUGAAUCGUCUGAGUGGCUCUAUGUGUUGAUGGUCUAAAAACAUUUCUAUUAUGAAUAACCAGCAGGACAAUAAUCACACCUGAAGAAGUGCCGACAAGAAGGAAAUCUGCCUCCAGAAGUUAUUAUGCAACACACCACAGUCAGUUGUGUGCCUGAAGGAGAUGUGAAAUGAGUGUAUUUGCGAGCAUGGGUGCAGUCCAUCAUGUUGGAUCUUUGUUUUUGGAUGGCAAGUGGCAUCCCCAUCACCGAAACAAUGUGGUACAGACAGCAGAGUGCUCUGCCUCACCGGCCCCAGCCUCGCUCACGUGCAUUGCCUGCCAGCAGCUGCACUGAUGACACCCUGCCACUGGUGCUGCACAUCCACUUCCAAAGUCACGUCACUGUGCCUCCACCUGGCCUGGCACACACCCUAAAUGACGUUGCUCACCAUCUCGCUCUGUUUCACCUGUGGAAGCCAAAUGCAGCUGGGGCUCAGCAUUGGCCCUGUGAUGGAGGGAUGUUGCUCCUGCUGAGGACACCUCGUCCACUCACGCUGCGCCCAUUCGGGGGGAGUGGACAGAUGGAGGGCUGUCGUGGGUCACUGUGCCCACUUGAGUACAGUUUUGGGUGGGAGAGGUGGGACAAGAAGAGGCCACGUGGCCUCAUGGGGCACAAGAUGAGUCCUGUGUUUGGAUGUUAGCCUGCAGCCCUUGCUGGUCCCAAUGAAUAUCCAGGAGCAGGAUGUGGGUACCAAAAUCAAAUGCCCUUUAUGUGGGAGGUAACCGUGUACUCUACCUCAGCUAAACCACAGAGUGGGCCCAGGGACGUGGAACUUGUCUUCAAGGGAACACAAAAGGGAAUAGCAAGGUGUUUGCAAGCCUUUGUCCUAGUCAGGACUUUGUCCUAGUCAGGAGUUGCAUAUUUGGAAUUGUGAUUUGGCAGGUGGCAGUAGCAGUGAAGGCAGCAUCCACGGCACUUGUAUGAAGACAGCCUUCUGUACCCAAAGAUUUCCUGUUGCAUGACAGCAGCAUCCUGCCAUCCUCAUAUCUGAUAGUGUGCCUUAGCCCUCUGGUCACCUCUCACAUCCCUCCCAGCUGCGGGAGUGGUGAAGAGGAGGACGAUAUCCCAAAAUAAAUUGCGCUUACAGGGAAGAACAUAUCUCUGGUGAGUUAGCUCCCUUUCCCUACAUCAUUUCAGGGUGGAGGAGCAGAUCUGCACAAGUGCAGCAAAACACCUGCUGGGAGUUUGGAGACACACAAGAAUCUGCAAAAAAUACUUGGAAGAAGGGGGUCUGCAUUACCACACAUAAGUCCUGCAGGAGCGGCUUCCCCCUGCCAUGGGCUGGCCCAGCAGUGCUGUGCCAGAGACGCACCUUUAAGUUGUCCUAUGUUCACUUUAUUAAAAGCCUUACUGCAUUUUGGGGAUAGGCUGCCCCGGGCCGUGAGAGGGAGUGACUGGGAGCCUGCUUGCUCCUGGCAUGCAGAGCGGAGGGUCGCUGCUGCUUUCUGAUUUCUCCUUGCAGCAAGGCUGUGUCCAGGUGCUCUAGCUGAGGAAGAGGGCAGGGAGUGCUGUUGUUGCUGGAAGGAGCUGGAAGGUGGAACAGGGGCUCUCGUUUCAAAUCCAGAGGGUGGGUGGAAGCAGCGUUUUCUUUCUGUUGGUGGAAGAGACUGCUUAAAUUGGAGCUAAUUUUCAGAAAGCCAUUGUAUUUCCAUCAUGAGCCAGGUGAGAGGCCCGCGAGGGUUAGGGAAAGAUUCCCAUAGUUUUCACCUGAGUCUGAUCAGGCCCUUUAUAAAAUGGGAAGUUAAAAAAAAAAAAAAGGAUUUGCCAUUAGGAAAUAAAACUAUGCAUCUAAGGAAAAUUAGAGGUGAUGGUUGAGUCCCUGAAGGAGAGGAGGCUGUGGUGGCAACGCAGCAUCAUUUCCACGCAAUAUUUAUUUAGAAGAAAUAAUAAUGUGUUUGAAUUGUUAAAUGUUCUAUUUUUAAGAUACCAUUUAUUUAAGAGUUGAAAAGCUCCACUUCCAUGGAGACAGAGAUCUCUUCUGUACCUGAAGGUCAAAGUCUGAUUGCAAUGUCCUUGUGUUUGGUUUUCUCCCUUCCAUCUUGGUUCUCAUUACAAACCUGUACACCUUAAACUUAUUUUGGGGACACGUGUCCCUCUUGUACAUAACCUCUGCCCUGUGUGCGACGGAGUGUCCGACAUGGUCAAUUCGUUCAUGUGGGUAAUAAACAAUACAUGAAGUAGCCCA